AUGACUCGCCUCCAAGAUCUCCCUAACGAGAUCCUCACGACUAUCUUCACAUAUCUCUCUGACAUCAGUCACUACGGCAUCUUCAACGUCACUCUCGUCAACAAGCAUUUCAACCAGCUCGCGAGUCCUCUUCGCGUUCGGCACUGGAACGAUGAAGGAGACUAUGGCUACUACGACGGCGAAGCGCCAUGUCCACCAAUCUCAAGUCUAGCGCUCGAACUCUUGCGCCAUCCUGAAUAUCGUCUGCAAGUCAAGACUCUAUCGUUUUCAUAUUUCCAAGGUAGUGGUGAUCGCGAUGCGGCUCGCGUCCACACGAAACACGAGAUUGAGAACCUCCAGAUGCUUGCAUGGGCAGCUGAAGAAGUGGUCCCGACACUCGCUGAGUCAACAUAUCUAUGUGCUCGGAUCCUUGAGGAUAGUGAUGACGCCAUUGCUGUUCUCGUCCUGGCUUGGGCGACUAAUCUGACAAGCCUCAGCGUUACGAUUCCAGAUUUUGAUCCAACGCCAGGAUAUGAUGAGGGUCCUCUUAUUCUGCGCUUUGCAAAACAACUAGCCCUUCGUUUUGACAGUAGGGACCUCAAACCUAGUGCACCGCUACCACUGGCCAAGCUUCAAGAACUGGAGUUUCGACACGAGAGUGUCGAAAGUAUUAUUGGGCUCAAGUAUCUGACGCCGUUUCUCUAUCUUCCCAAUCUCAAGAACCUCAACACGUACCGACUUGGUGAUCAAGAGUACAACGAUCUUGAGGACGGCGUUCAGAACUAUAUCAAGGACAAAUAUUGCAUGCCGUUUCCGAAGGGGACCUCGUCUAUUGAGUCUAUCACUAUUAAAGAGACGACCUUGGUAAGUGAUGGACUCUCAGAUCUUCUCGGUUCUUGUAGCAAGUUGAGAUAUUUCCACCUUCACUUCCCAUUCGACCUUGAUGAGGAUAACAAGCGCAAUUGGACGACACUAGCUAAGAGCCUGGUUCGUCAAGCAGCAUCUCUUGAGGAGUUGGAUCUGUGUGUUGAUAACAGUGAUGUUGAGUGGGUGGGGAUGCUGUUGAUGAUGGGGCAGGCGGUUUUAAGCCCAUCGAUUUUGAAUAUUGCUACCGUCAACUUACCAAUCUCAAAGCCCUCAGGGUCCCUAUGCCUCAACUAUCUGGUCACUACCACUGGCAGCGUUUAG